CUCCGUUGCAGCACCUUCCAGUGUCGCUACUCAUAACCCGCAGUUUCGCAGCGCAAGCCACCUCAGGCUAGGUCUCAAAAGCAUUCUACUUCGUGAAAAUUUCCAUUGGAACUGUCUCUAUAUCUGGUCUAUGGCCGAUGAAGACGCCACGAGCUCGAACAUCCUACCUCAACUGAACGACGCACCCGAGAGCGCCUCGACUGUAGCGCCGUCUGCGACAGCCUCCGAAUCGAUAGCCGCGUCAGCCUCCGCACCGGCUAUCCGUCCAUCACUCGUCCCCCUCGGCGGUUCCAGUUCGCAGACGGCCGCAACACCACCUACGAAAAAAUUCAGCUCAGUGAACAUCAACAAGAAGUUUCUGGAGAAGAACUCUUCCAGUUCGUCAGCGUCGGGUGCAUCGCAUAUCGCAGCCAGCAACGCUAGUUCAGGCGUGGGGAGCAAAGGGGGGAAAUCUAUUAGUGUUGCCACACCACGUCCUCAAGUUCCUGCUUCAACUUCACAUUCGCGUCUAGUGACCACCAAGCUCACUGUCGCGCCAUCAUCACAAUCUCUCGCUCCGCCAAGCGCCGGCUCGGGCUGGUCACGCUCUCCAUCUGCGACACCUGCACCUGUCGCCCAAUCCAAUGGACCUGUGGACUUCAAGAACGCGCAACUACGACGAGGCGAUUCCCUGAACAAUGUUGGCCCUGGUGGAAGCGCAGGACCCAAUGGACGCGCUGCUUGGGGGAAUCCCAAAACUGGGAUGAGGCAUCCUGACAUGGCAUCGCAAACCGACUUUCCGACUGCCGCAGAAGCUGCCGUGCCUCGUUCAACGAAGCCAUCUCUCUUGGAUCGCAAUGCUGCAGCGGCUGCAGCGAAGGAGGCGGCAGCAGUCGAAAUGGCUCACAAACUCGCACGCAUGGAAGAGGCGGACACAUUUCGUGGGGUGCAUCUGGAUCCGAAUGCUCAUCAUUGGGAUGAUAUGGAAGAGGACGACGAUAACUUUCUCGAUGGCGUUCUCGAGUUCGGUGACGGUCGACAGUACAAAAUUGAACCAACCCCAACUACUGCUGAAAUGGAAAUUCCUCCACCUCCGCCAGCUGCAUCGUUGACAUUUCCACCAUCUCCUCCUCCUCCAACUUCUGCAAAACCAGAAACUGUCGCCAGGCCUGACUCGCGGUCAACACGUUUCACCGAUGAUGAUGAUUUCGAUCGCUCUUGGCCCCGGUCAAAGCGAGCUUCGCCUGCUGUCUCGACGGGUGAUCUCCCCACAGCAGCUGUCGGACCCAGCCAAAUCUCACCAGCCGUGUCGUUCAAUGAAGGUCGAAGCGGAAUGCUUUUCAACGAACGGUCAAACAAAUUCGAGCCAGUGAACCGUGGACCGCCAGGCCAAAAACGCGGCGAAGGGGUUUCCCCAACGGAGUCUAGGCCCGGUCGUGACUACGGAUUCUCUAGGGCUGAAAGUGACCGUGUCCAGGUACUGCAGAACAAUCGAGGUCGUCCCACUUCGUUCCAAGGGAGCAGGCCCCCUUCUGUUGCACCGCCACCUAAUGCAUGGUCACGUGGGCCAGAGCCCGAAUCUCGAGGACGUAGACUGUCCAAUAUGGGGCCACCCCCAGUGCCCAACUCUGUCGGGAGACAGCUUCCACCACAUCUAAGUCCCAAUCCUGUUGCUGAGCCGGAAGGAGCCCCUUUGAGGCGGCCCUCGACGUCACGCGACAGUCGGAAGACUCCGGCGUCGUCUGUGGCACCGUCUCCAGUCAUUGCUACGGUAUCAUUAGCGGAACACCCUCUGAGUGGUGCCGACCUCGAUGAGGCGCGUAAAGAUGUCAUGCAGUCGGCUGCAGCAAGGGCCAAAGCGCGUCGGCAGCAAGAAGAACUUGAGCGCGAACAAGAGCGCGAACGAGCAAGGAGGAAGGCAGCUGAGCUCGAGGAGAGGAUGAAGGCUCUGGAGGAGAAGAACAAACCACUGUCGCCUGUGAUUUCCUUGGAAUCUGAAGCUGUCAGUCUGAUUGAGGCCGCGAUCAAAGAUGUCAAACCUCCCGCGCUGCAAUCCGCACCUCAACCUUUAGAUGUUUCUGUUUCGCAGCCUGAGCUGUCCUGGAGAAACAAAACGGUGCCGCCACCCCCCAAGAUAUCCGCCCGUCCUUCAUUCGUUUCGACGCCGACGGCCUUGGAACAGGUCGAGUCGCUUGUGAAAGAUACAGAAGAAGAACUGGAGGUUGUGGACUUUGCUGAAUUGGGAAAGUUCAUGGGUGUCGGUCCAGUGGACACAUCGACCAUCACUCCGCUACCAUUGACUCCUGGUCCUCCCUCGCUCAGUCGGCCAGGUCGGCCGGUUGCAAGCGACUUUUUUGACGAUCGGCCUACUCGGACGUUUGAGCUGAAUGCCGGAGCACCGACAGAUAGAACCAGCGGACCCACCUGGAGGCGACGGAAUCCGGACGAUGCCGUCAUCGAUCAGAGCAAAGACCGACCGGCAAAAGAUGUCCCUGAGCCGGUCGAAUUGGCCGGACAUUCCUCUCCAUACCUGGCUCGUGCCGUCCGGGCCCCAGGCUCCUUCAAGGAGGCGCCUAUGACCGCGUUGGAUGAGUUCAUGUCGCGCGUGAAAGGCGCCAUCGAACAGAACAGCGUCGGCGAGCGGGAAGUUCGACCUGCGGAGCCGCUCGCACCGGCACGUCCAGUCGCCCAGCUGGACCGAUGGGCACCACCGCCACGUGAGGAGAUCACCACCGCAUGCGAGCCUCCUAGCUCCAAGUCUGUCUGGAACACGUUUACUGUCCGCUUACCCAAGGUUUCACGGGUGCUGGGCAAAGACGUCCAUGUACCAAAGCGACAGGAAUUCGUGCGCUGGGACAUUCUUUCGUUUGAUCCCCCGGUGGAGGGAAUGACUCGCCGCGAUUUCACUGUCAACAGCGUCUUGUUCAGACAUCCGGGCAAAUGGAAGCCCAAGAUCAGAGUGGUGUUGCCGCGGCCUCGGUCCAAUGGCCCGCGCGUUAAUAUCCCUGCCCAGCCCAAGAGCGCUGGGUCCGGGCUGUAUGUUCGACCGUCCGUUGCAGACAACUUGCCCAACUGGCGCAAACCGCAACCAGAGCAGCCAGAAGCAGGCCUGAAUCCAGUCAGCCGGUCGCCACCCCCCCAAAUGCCCUCAGAUCCGACCGCGAGUUUCACACCCAAAAGCGAUGGACCAGAUGCAUUUGGCCCGGCUCGGCCGCGCUCACGGCCGAAAAUGCCACCGGGUUCUUCUGUAGCGUUUUACCGAGAGUCGACGGCUGAGGGAUCGGAGGCCGCUCCUGUGAGUUUCAUCGUGCACAGUGAGCUGGAGAGUCUGGAAAAGGAGUCAGGUGAACCGAUUGCCCCUUCUUGGACGCUGACUGUGCCAACCAAGGAAGCGGUUCCAGGGCCCGACAGGGAACUGCUCAAGGCUGUGUGGUCGUCCAACAUGCCCGGAAUUCACACAGUCAACUCUCUGGAAGCCAUCGCAGACGAUCUUGGCGCCAUCCCCUUCACGCUGCAAGAUGUGAAAUCAGAAGACGGUGGCACACCCCCACCCACCGCCGUCACUCCAGCCCCGUCACGAAUCACGCUCACAGAUGUCACACGCGCAUUCCAGGUCCCGACGUCGUCCCCUGCACAGCCCCAACGGCCAUCCAUUUCCCCUCCGUCGACGACAGCGCCCGUCGUCCGUCCUCCAGCGUAUUCCCCCUACGCAAUGCCUCCGAACCCGAUGAUGCGGCCGGUGCCGAACUAUGGCUAUCCACCGAUGAUGGGAUCACCAAUGAUGGGAUCGCCGAUGAUGUCACCCAUGGGCAUGUACCCGAUGCCUCAGAACCCGAAUUCGAUGCCCCAGAACCCGAUGGCGCCAAGUCCCGGGCCUGGGCGGAUGCCUAUGAACGGUGCCAUCUACAGCGCACCUGUGUGGAUGGGACCGCAGAUGCGUGCUGGACCAUAUCCCCCGUACAUGCCAUAUCCCUCGCUCGGGCCACAGCCCACCGCAUCCCCGGCGAACGCCGGUCGGGGGCGACCUCCGAUGAGCCCCGUCUCGCCAUUCCCGGCCAGUCCGAUCCUCAUGCACGCCCCGGUGGGUGGGUAUAUGCCCGGUCAGAACGGACAUCCCCCAAUGCCGCCCAAUGGGAUGCCCAACGGCCACGCGUACAACCCGCCUCCCUCAAAUUCGUUCGCACGCCCCCCUUGGUGAAUUAGCAUUAUUCUCUUUUUCUUCUUUCGUGUGUAUAUAUCAGAUUUUGCAACAUUUCCGUUGAUUCACAAGACAUAUAAACAAUCGACAUCUAAGCCGCAGCCAACUGAGCAGCACGCUCGGCCGCAUCGUCUAAUCCGUCAAACGCGAUGAUCUUCAGCCCGGAAUCCCGGAUCAUC